CCAAAAAAAAAAAAAAGACAAGAAUUUUUUUUUUGUGAACAAGAGAUUUUUUUUUUUUUUUUUUAAACAAUCUGCAGUUAACUAUUUUAAAUGAACAAAUGCUGCUAAUUUUAAGAAGCAGCAAAAACAUUAUUUGCAAAAGCCUGAACAGCAACUAACAACAAAAAAGAAAACAAAUACCAAUUUAUUUUAUUUUAUUUUAUUUAUUUAUUUAUUUUUAACCAUAAAAUAUUAAUGGUAAAGAUGGUGUAGUGUGCGCUUGUUGGGUUUUUAUCGCUGGACAUCACAUAAAAAAAAAUCAAAAAAAUAAAAUCGUAAUGUCAGACCCUGCUUCUGGACAGGAGGACAGACCUGACCCGAAAACUCCGGGUCACCCGGCGGGUGUGAGCGGCGCGGCCCGGGAGCCUCCCCGAGCCAAUCAGGACGGCGGGAUGGAGAGCGGCGCUAGGGGGCGCUCUGGAGAAGACCGCAGCAACUCCCAACCGCAGGGGCCGGGAGACCGAGAGGCGAGUCCGGGUAGAGGAGCCGGGUCCGGGUACCCAGCGGCGGCGCAGCCAUGCCAGGCGCCCGGCGGGGACGCGGGGGGGACGGACGUUCCCGUGGAGCACGGCCGCAGCGGUGACCGGCCUGGGGAAGGCAACCGAAGCGGAGGCGGGGUUCAGAGCUUGCCCGGUAAAAAGAAACACCGGCGGCGGCCCUCCAAGAAGAAGCGUCGCUGGAAGCCGUAUUUCAAGCUGUCCUGGGCGGAGAAGAGGGAGCUGGACGAGCGUGAGACGGCGCGGGCCUCCCGGGUGCGGGAGGAGAUGCUCGCCAAGGGCCUGCCGGUCGCCCCCUACAACACCACGCAGUUCCUGAUGGAGGAGCACGACCGGGAGGAGCCCGACCUCAAGACCGGGCAGGGGGCGCGGAGGCCGGCGGGGGUCAGCCGCUCCGAGGACACGGCCAGCGAGGAGGAGUCCGUGGAGCCCGAGGAGGAGGAAGAGGACGGCAGCGGGGGCAGCGACGGCAUGGGGAGAGCCGGGGACGGAGGCGGGGAGUUCCUGCAGAGAGACUUCUCCGAAACCUACGAGAAGUACCACGCCGAGAGCCUGCAGAGCAAGAGCAAGCAGGAGCUGGUGCGGGAGUACCUGGAGCUGGAGAAGUGCCUCUCCCGCCUGGAGGACGAGAACAACCGGCUGAGGCUGCGGCUGAGCAAGAGCGCAGACAGCCCCAGGGUGAGGGAGCUGGAGCGGGAGCUGGAGAGGCUGAGGGCGCUCAACACAGAGCUGAGCACCGAGAACGAGGGCUGGAGACGCGGGGAGACGGGGCUCGCUGGCUGCACGGCGGAGUGAACUCUAAAAAAACAAUGAGACUUAAAAAAAAAAUAAAAAGAGACGCGCGAAUAUAAUACCGAAUCAACCUGCUGUGUGUAAGUACUUUUAUAAAUCCGACGUCAUCAAUAGUGUUAUAAAUAUUAUUUUUUAUUAUUAUUUUUUUUAAAUCAAAGACGUCUUCCAUUUUGAGGGAUUUAUAAAUACAACUUUUUUUAAAAAAAAAAACGUGUUGGUCCUUUUUAAUUACAAUAUUUGUGUACACUUUUUUUUUCCUCCAAAUGUUUAAAGGCUUUUUACAUUUUCAAUAUGGAAUGUAUAUAUUUUAAAGCGAAAAAACAGAUGAACUGAAGCUUUGUGUUACUCUAGAACCGAGUCGAAUGAAACUGUCUUGUGUUUACUUCGCUUACUCUAGAACCGAGUCGAAUGAAACUGGCUCGUGUUUACUUCGCUUACUCUAGAACCGAGUCGAAUGAAACUGUCUCGUGUUUACUUCGCUUACUCUAGAACCGGGUCGAAUGAAACUGUCUCGUGUUUACUUCGCUUACUCUAGAA